GGGGCGGGCGGCGGUUUGGCGCUGAAUGUGAAGGGAGCGCGCGGCGGCGGCGAGCGCGCGGUGAGCGCGGCCCCGCGGCGCCCCCUGCGCCCCCUGCCGGCGGGGCGGCCCCGCCCCCUCCCGUCAUGGCGGCCGUGCCUCAGAACAACCUGCGGGAGCAGCUGCGGCUCCAUUCGGCCCGCGGAGCCCUCAGCGCCCUCCGCAACCCGCCCCCGCCGCGGCACCGCCUGGCGGGCUUUACCUUCAAGAAGACUUCUCCGGCCGGCGGCCCGCCCAGGGAGCCCCGGGGCCUCGUCGCCGCCUCCGCCUUGAGGGAGAAAGAUGUUAACACCUCCCUGUCCGCGGUCACCUCGGCCCUCCCUGCCGCCAAGGACAAGAAUACACAAAUCCAGGAUUUUUUUCCAGUGGUACCUGCUGGAUGUGGUGUCCAGCCCGGUCCGGCGCUCGCCAGGCCUCGGGAGGCGUCAAGAGGCCCCGCGGCCUCUAGGCAGAGGAGCGUGAGCGAGGGGCUGCGCGGGGCCCCGGCGCCUCGUCCUGCGGCCGCCCCCGUCGUCGCCAUAGGAGAUGACUGGGAUGACAUUGACGACUUUGAUUUGUCGGGAAUCGAAAAGAAAUACUGCAGGCCGCCGGUCCUGUCCCCCAGGGGUCAGCGGGCCACCCCCAAGGCUUCCCGGAGGCCAGACCCCCGCCUAGAUGAGCCGACCGGCUCUUCCCCCGGCACCGUGGGCCAGGACACGGGGCUUCGCAGCCGCGGCUCUCCGGAGCACGGGGAGACCUCUCCAGCGGCCGAACAACAACCCUCCUCGCAGCAAUCGGUGAUCUGCCUUGAGGAUUCAGCUCCCUGCAGCAGUAACAAGGCUGUGGGUGAAAGCCUUUGGGAGGAUUUAUCUGCUGACGUGAUUUUGGAUGAUGACAGGGAAGAGGGUCACCCAGCUGCUGGCGCUAAAAGCGGAGCGAGCCAGAAGCCAGGCAGUGAUGAGCAAAACAGCCCCCCAGAACCGGACGAGGUCGAGGUCGAGCUGUUCGCAGGCACUGAGCUUGAAGAGGAUGAUUACUUAGAUGUCGUUCCACCCUCCCCUGAAGAAGAGCUGCCUUCCUUCUUGCCUUCUGUAAAAAGCAUCAGUAAUAUUUUGAAAGAAUCUCCUACUGGUGGAAGAUCCGCAGCUAGCAGCGUUGAGUCCACGCCUGGGACGGUUGCCACAACGCAGCCUGUUGCUGAAAGUGAUCCUGGUGCGGAGGAUGCAGAUAAGGGCGUGCAUUUGGAACAGCAACUCUACGAUGUCAUGGAUGAUAUCUGUAAAUUGGUAGAUGCCAUUCCGCUUCAGGAGCUUCAGUCUCUGUCCUGUGCAAAAGAACUUCUCCAGCAGAGAGAUCUCAGGAGGAAAUUGCUAGCUAAUUCUGUCACUUUGAACAAAAGUAGCAUAAACAAGACUGCUCCUAGAAUCUGGAAGGCGUGUGUGGAGCGGGGCCCUCCUGCGUGUCCUGGUGCUGCAAACCGGAGCUUCGGUUCUGACAGAAACUCGCCACAAUCCCCAAACCUCCCACCUGUGCUUUCUGGGACUGUUAAUUCAAAAAAUUUUUCUACCAAAAAAAAUCAAACCUUGGAUACCUCUUAUGCUUCAAAGCAAAGUAUUGAGGAGAUCACCUGCCCAGAAACUACAGCACUGUCUUCUUCCAAGGGAAAUGGCAGAGAUGGAGCUUCCCUCAGCCUUUGCUCUGAGAUGUCCUUCGACAGCAGCUUCUGUGAGAAACCAGGGGGGAGAAACGGGGGAAACUGUCACCUGCUGGAGAGGCCUCUCACCAGCACAGCUCUGAAGGGUCAGAGCAAGGCUCCCACCGGCAUUCCUGCAGAGGAUGGUUUGGGUAUAAAUGAUACGGACUUUGACCUUGAUCACUUUGAUAUUGACGAUUUUGAUGAGGACUGGGAGAAUUCGGUGAAUGACUCAGCACCUGAGACUCCAUCUAUGCCGUUGUAUCAGCCCGUUAAGGAAGGGCCGCCUGCCAAAUCGCUCUUGUCAAAGAUAAUGUCCAGAGCCAAAGGAUCUGCCGUUGUAUCAAACCCUGCGGCUCCGAAAUCCAGCUUCUUGAUGGCGACAAAGAACCGCUCAGAUCCUCCGGCUAAAAACCCUGCACUAGAACGUUUCAGGGGCAUGAAAUUUUCCCAUUCUGAAGGGAUGAUGACUACAUUUCACAAGAAGUUUGGUUUGCACUAUUUUCGGACAAAUCAGCUGGAGGCCAUCAAUGCUGCUCUUCUGGGUGAAGACUGUUUCAUCUUAAUGCCCACAGGUGGUGGUAAAAGCUUGUGCUACCAGUUACCAGCGUGUGUCUCUGCUGGGGUCACUAUUGUUAUCUCUCCAUUGAGGUCGCUGAUAAUAGAUCAAGUUCAGAAACUGAAGACUUUAGAUAUUGCUGCCACAUAUCUGACUGGUGAUAGAACAGAUGCUGAUGCUUCAAAAAUAUAUACGCAAUUGUCAAAAAAAGAUCCUGUAAUAAAGCUUCUGUAUGUUACCCCCGAGAAGGUUUGUGCAAGCGGCCGGCUGAUGUCAGCCCUGGAAAAUCUCUACGACAGGAAACUCCUGGCGCGUUUUGUCAUUGAUGAGGCCCACUGUGUCAGCCAGUGGGGCCACGAUUUUCGACAAGACUACAAACGGCUGAAUAUGCUCCGCAAGAAGUUUCACUCUGUUCCCAUGAUGGCUCUCACUGCCACUGCGAACCCCAGAGUCCAGAAGGAUAUUCAGAAUCAGCUUGAGAUGCUCAAACCACAAGUGUUUACAAUGAGCUUCAACAGGCAUAACUUGAAAUAUGAUGUGUUGCCCAAGAAGCCAAAGAAGGUGGCAAUGGAUUGCUUGGAAUGGAUUAAAAAAUACCACCCACAUGACUCUGGAAUAAUUUAUUGCCUUUCACGUCAUGAAUGUGACACAACAGCGGCUAUUCUGCAGAAGGAAGGUCUUGCUGCACUCGCCUAUCACGCUGGCCUCACUGACUCCAACAGAGAUCUUGUACAGAAGAAGUGGAUUAAUCAAGAAGGAUGCCAGGUUAUAUGUGCAACAAUUGCCUUUGGAAUGGGAAUUGACAAACCUGACGUCCGCUAUGUUAUCCACGCCUCUCUUCCUAAAUCUAUAGAAGGUUACUAUCAGGAGUCUGGCAGAGCUGGGCGAGACGGGGAAAUGUCUCACUGUCUGCUCUUCUACAGCUACAGUGAUGUAACCAGGCUCAGACGGCUGAUACUGAUGGAGAAAGAUGGAAACAGUCACACAAGACAGACCCACUUUAACAACCUCUACAGUAUGGUUCACUACUGUGAGAAUUUAGUCGAUUGCCGAAGAAUUCAGCUUUUGGCCUAUUUUGGGGAAACUGAUUUUAAUCCCACCUUCUGUAAAGAUCACCCAGAAGUAACUUGCGAUAACUGCAGUAGAAAGAAGGAUUACAAAUCAAGAAAUGUAACAGAUGAAGUGAAGAGCAUUAUAAGAUUUGUACAAGAGCACUGUGGACAAAUGGGACGAAUAAAUGCAAAGAGAAAUACAGGUUUUGGAAGAUACACAUUGAAUAUGAUGGUAGACAUUUUCUUAGGUACAAAGAGCGCGAAGAUUCAGACUGGAAUAUUUGGGAAGGGGGCUGCCUACUCAAGGCACAACGCUGAAAGACUCUUUAGAAAACUGGUCUUGGACAAGAUUCUGGAUGAAGACUUGUAUAUCACAGCUAACGACCAAGCGGUGGCGUAUGUCACUCUAGGACAGAAAGCUCAGGCUGUGCUCGAUGGGUCGCUACAGGUGGAGUUUCAUGAAACAGAAAGUGCCAGUGCCAUCAGAAAGCAAAGGGCUUCCGUGGCAAAAGUGUCCCAGCGGGAAGAGAUGGUUAAAAAGUGCCUUGGGGAACUCACAGACACAUGCAAAACGCUUGGGAAAGUCUUUGAUGUGCAUUACUUCAAUAUUUUCAGUACUUCAACUCUAAAGAAAAUAGCAGAAACCUUGUCAUCUGAUGUGGAGGUUUUACUGCAGAUUGAUGGUGUCACAGAAGAUAAACUGGAAAAAUAUGGUGCAGAAAUAAUUAAAGUGAUGGAUAAGUACUCUGAAUGGACCACACCAGAAGACGCUGCCUGCCAAAGCCUGGACACCGCUACGGGCAGCACGGGCACACCUGAGAGCGAUGAAGAAGCAGAAGAUGUAGUUACAACCUCAAGCUAUUUUUGCAAUAAUGCAAACCAAAGAAGGAAAAGGAAAAGGCUGCCAAACUUCAGAGACUCAAAGAGGAAAAAGACAAGUAAUGGUGGUACCCAGCAGUUUCAUCCCAAAGGUGGCUACAGCAAGUACCGCCGGCCCAGGAGGCAGCCCGGCUCCCAGGCUCCGGCCUCCUCUGGCUCCGCUUCAGCGUCCUACACGGGUAGAGCCGCGCAGGGAGCUGCUGGAAAGCUGGGGAUUAUGGCACCACCCAAACCCAAAACCAGACAGUUCCUUCAGCCUUCGUAUUCAAUACUGUAACUAGGAGAAUGUAAAUACUGUAUAAUAGCAAGCCCUGAAGAUGUUUAAUAAACCUUUGUCUCAUUUGC